AUUUCGGGUCCUGCACCAUACCAAGCUACCCAUUGCACCACUACCAACCCGGAGCCUCCUACGAAACGAGGUAAAGGCGAACCCUCGAACAGCAAACCGACGAAGCAACAAGCGUACACGAUACUGGUCAAUUGACCCUCAACCCAGCCCCAGCCCAGCCCAGCCCGAUCACACACACCAAGAAUCCUCCCCCACCCCGAGCUCGGGAAAGAGCCGACACCGACAACCCAAACCGCCCAACAUGAGACCCUCACCCGUCCUCCAGGUCCUGAAAUACAGGCACCUGAAGCUGACGACCAAGGACGUCAACAAGGGCUUCUACAAGGGAAAUCGCACGGGCGCCAUGGGUCGCCACACAAAGUACGGUGGCUACGUGAUUGAGUGGCACAAGGUGCGGACGUACGUCGUGCCGGAGGGCUUGAAGGAUUUCAAGCUCACGCCAUUCGUCUCCGAUGCUGUGCGGCCCCUGAGGGGAGCCUACGCCACGAAAGAAGGUCCCCGCGACCCCAAGCUUUACCUCGAGAACUGGAAGCAAGUGAACGGUGUGGAUUAAGGGGUGGAGUCCAGCUUCGUGGGAGGAUCAAUAAGAAGAAGAAGAAGAAGAAGAAGGAAGGCGUAAGAGAGCGAGACACGAGAGUCCGCUGAUCGACGACGAGAGGUCGACGAAUCCGAAAACAGGGGGGGGCAGAAACACAUAUUCUCCCCCCAAACAAGAGUGUACAAGAGCUGUAUAUACCCUCGACGCUGUAACAAUAU